AUGCAUUGGCCUCAGCAUUUAUCAGCAUGGCUGUUCCUCGCCCUGCUAGUUCCUCAGGGUCAGACAACCUCGAUCCAAGAUCAUGCACAGUCCACCAAGAUCGUGAGCAUAGAGCACACAACGAUAGUCUGCAAUCGCACAUUCGAAGACACACGAGCCGCACUUGAGGCAUCGUUGCCACCUAUCAACACAAAUUAUUCCACGCUUCUCGCAGCCGGGGAUGUCGCCGGGGCGCUCCGGGCACUGGAAAGCCUACCUGCGCUCAAUACGUUCAUCGUCCCACCCCGGAACUUCGGCAACCUGCUGCGCACCCUCAACAAGACCGAAAAGGCUGUGCAAUACGAUAUCGGCAACCCUUACACCGCCACGCAAAUGAACUCGUUCGAGCUGGGGAUCUCACUGUAUGCGCCCAUCAGGGUGCUGCUAAGGGAGAGGGAAGGGGUCGCCGUGUUCGAGUACGACAGGCCGAGGGGCACCCUCGGCCAGUUUAGGAAUGAUCGGGUGGACAAGAUCGCGCGGGAUUUGGACCAAAGUCUUACGGCGUUGCUGAUGGAUGCUGCGGGCUGGUGA